AUGUAUUCUGAUCACAUUGAGAUUGAUAAUGAAACUGAGAUUGAACUUGAGAACGAAAUUGAAAUUGAGAAUGUAAUUGAGAAUGAAAUAGAAACUGUGAAUGAAACUGAGAAUGAAAUUAAGAAUGAAACCGAGAAUUCAAUUGAGAAUGAAAUUGAAACUGAGAAUGAAACCGAGAAUGUAACUGAGAAUGAAAUUGAAACUGAGAAUGAAACCGAGAAUGUAACUAAGAAUGAAAUUGAAACUGAGAAUGGCAUUGAGAUUGAGUCUGAAAGUGCAGAAAGCAGUAUUGUUGAGGGGGAAGGGAGAUUUACAAGAGUGGGGAUAGACAAGGGAUUAAGACAAGAGAUCAAGACAAGAUAUCAAGACAAGACGUCAAGACCAGACAUCAAGACAAGACAUCAAGACAAGACAUCAAGACAAAAGGAUCAAGACAAGAUAUCAAGACAUCAAGACAAGAGAUCAAGACAAGACAUCAAGACAAGACAUCAAGACAAGAGAUCAAGACAAGACAUCAAGACAAGACAUCAAGACAAGAGAUCAAGACAAGAGAUCAAGACAAGACAUCAAGACAAGACAUUAAGACAAGAGAUCAAGACAAGAGAUCAAGACAAGACAUCAAGACAAGACAUUAAGACAAGAGAUCAAGACAAAAUAUCAAGACAAGACGUCAAGACAAGACAUCAAGACAAGAUAUCAAGACAAGACAUCAAAACAAGACAUCAAGACAAGACAUCAAGACAAGACAUCAAGACAAAAGGAUCAAGACAAGAUAUCAAGACAUCAAGACAAGAGAUCAAGACAAGACAUCAAGACAAGACAUCAAGACAAGAGAUCAAGACAAGACGUCAAGACCAGACAUCAAGACAAGACAUCAAGACAAGACAUCAAGACAAAAGGAUCAAGACAAGAUAUCAAGACAUCAAGACAAGAGAUCAAGACAAGACAUCAAGACAAGACAUCAAGACAAGAGAUCAAGACAAGACAUCAAGACAAGACAUCAAGACAAGAGAUCAAGACAAGAGAUCAAGACAAGACAUCAAGACAAGACAUUAA